AUGUCGUCCAGCGAUACUGCUAGUAAUUCCCCGGGAUGGACAACCGUCGAUCCCGAUGAAUUUCAAAAACAUUCAGAAACUCAAUGGACCCACGAUGCUCCUCCUCUCAUUGCUAUAGUCGGAAUGGCCACACGUCUGCCCGGCGGUAUCUCCUCCCCCCAAGAUUUCUGGCAAUUUAUGAUUGACAAGAAAUGCGCAUCUGCUCCGGUCCCUGCGGGAAGAUACAACGUGGACGCUUUCCACGGGACUCCUGGAGUGGACACACAAUCGGUCAUCGCCAAACAGGGAUUUUUCCUUGAGGGAGACUACCUGGGGAAAGUUGAUACCUCCUUCUUCCACAACAAUCGGUACGAGCAUGGGUUUAUAGAUCCUCAGCAGGUGCUUCUAUCGGAAGUGGUUUGGGAGUGCAUGGAGAACGGAGGACAGGUCGAUUGGCAGGGUAAAGAUAUUGGGUGUUUUGUAGGCACCUUUGGGGAAGACUGGCUGGAUCUUACAGCGAAGGACACCCAGAACCUGAGCCCCCUUCACAUCGUGGGUACGGGCGACUAUGCCGCAUCCAACAGGGUAUCGUUCGAAUAUGACCUCAAGGGCCCAUGCAUGACUUGUCGAACUGCAUGCUCAUCCUCGCUUGUGGCUCUCCACGAAGCAUGCCAGGCAAUUACCCUUGGUGAUUGUCCUUCAGCGAUCGUCGGAGGCUCCAGCCUGAUUUUUACUCCGACAAUGACUACCAACAUGUCACAGGCGGGGGCACUCUCCCCUGAUGGGAUCUGCAAAACAUUUGACGCGGAAGCUAACGGAUACGCCAGAGCGGAAGGAGUUUGCGUUUUGUAUAUCAAAAAGCUAGAAGAUGCCAUCCGCGACAAAGACCCAGUCCGUGCGGUCAUUCGAGCAGUUGCAACUAACUUCGACGGUCGGACAAAUCAUAUCACGGUCCCAUCAUCGGCCGGACAAGAGGCGCUGAUACGGAAGGCCUACCGAAAAGCCCAUCUCGAAAACCUUGCAGAGACCGCAUUUGUCGAAUGUCACGGCACAGCCACGCGGGUGUCUGAUGUCGUUGAAACCACCGCCGUCGCCAAUGCCUUCGGGCGCCAUCCCAUGAUUGUUGGAGGUGUGAAAUCAAACAUUGGCCACACUGAGGGCGCAGCAGGUCUGGCAGGCUUGAUUAAAGCAGUUCUUGCUCUUGAGCACAAACAGAUCCCUCCGAACGUCAACUUUUCAACACCAAACCCAAAGAUUUUGUUCGAUGAGGCAGGAUUGACAGUACCUGUUGAUGUUCUUCCUUGGCCAACUGACCGCAAAGAACGUGUCAGUGUCAACUGCUUCGGGGUCGGCGGUACCAAUGCCCAUGUCAUCGUGGAUUCAGCCGCAUCGUUGAUGCCCCAAAAGGCAAUAGCGGCAUUGGAAACAAACAACAACAGCCCGCGGCUCUUGCCGUUGUCAGCUAGUGGCCCCAAGUCCCUUGAUCAGCGGGCGAUAGACAUAAAGAAAUAUCUCUCCCGCCAUCACGAGGCAGUGCACGAUUUGGCUUAUACCCUCUGUGAAAAGCGAGAACAUCUUCGUCACAGGGCAUUCGCAGUCACCGGUGGAGAGGUUCCUCUUGAGUCUAUUGAAUUUGUCAAAGCGGAUAAUACCAGAAAUGGGCCAAAGAACGUGACAUUUGCAUUUCCUGGCCAGGGAGCUCAGUGGGCGGGAAUGGGAAGCGAGUUGAUGGAAAACUUUAUGUCCUUUAGAAAGGACAUAGAAUACAUGGAUGGGGUACUGCAAAGUCUGCCCAAUGCACCCAUGUGGAGGAUGCACGAGGAGCUGAUCAAAACGGGCCCGGAGAGUGACAUUAACCGGCCCGAUAUAGCACAACCUCUGUGUACCGCCAUUCAGAUUAGUUUGGUCAAUCUUCUUAAAGUAUGGGGAAUCACUCCGGACAAAGUCAUAGGUCAUUCCAGUGGCGAGUUUGCAGCGGCUUACGCAGCCAACGCCUUGUCCAUGGAUACGGCAAUUAUAUUGGCCUAUACUCGCGGAAUUGUGGCCAACAUGGCUCCAGAGGGAGGCAUGCUCGCAGUAGGAGUUGGCAGAGACAGUAUCGGUCAAUAUCUGGGUGAUGAAGUGGCAUUGGCGUGCGAGAACAGUCCAAAUAGCGUUACCCUCGCUGGAAAACGCGACCAGCUGGAACAGGUAGCAACUCGAAUCCAAACCGAACAACCCGACACCCUACUGAAGAUGCUACCGGUUGAGCGAGCGUACCACUCUGGUAGGUCUUUGGGGAUUAGUUUUAGAUGCAGUCAGCUCCCAUGCUAA